AUGACGACCUUCACAUUCAACGACGCAGUCAAGGCUGCGAGGGCGUCCUCGUCCGACGUUGAUGCCAUCACCCGAAAGCUCUUUGCAUCGCUCACCACCGAGGAGGAACUCGACCUGCUCGACGGCGACGAUGAUUUCUGGCCAGGCUUGCACAGCACGCUCACAGAUGGCUACAACCGACGCCCAAUCGUUCAUGGGGCCGUUGACCGUCUGUCGAUUCCCGGUAUCAGAUUGGCGGAUGGCCCCCGAGGCUGUGUUGUUGGCGAAUCAACCGCGUUUCCCGUGCCCGUGGCUCGCGGCGCGACGUGGGACAUUGAACUGGAAGAGAGGAUUGGAGUGCCCAUCGGCAAGGAGGGUCGCGCCCGGGGCGCCAACUUCUUUGGCGGCGUAUGCGUCAACCUACCUCGACACCCGGCUUGGGGCCGGAUUCAGGAAACAUACUACGAGAACCCCAUCUUCCUCGAUGAAUUCGGUGCUGCCCUGACCCGAGGCGUCCAGAAGAACAUGAUGGCGUGCGUCAAACAAUAUGCGCUCAACUCCAUGGAGAACGCGCGCUUCCAGGUCGACGUGGACAUUGACCUCGAUGUGCUGCACGAGGUAUACCUGCCGCACUUUCGUCGCAUCGUUGAAGAGGGAGUGGCUUCCGUCAUGAGCUCGUACAACAACGGCUAUGUCAUCUCCGAUUUUCUCUUUGGCCAACGCGGCGGGCCUCUGUCUCUCAAGAAUGGACUGGAUAUCGAGGCCCCUUCUCGGAAUGUGCGCGGACGGACUUUGCAGCAGGCACUCAAGGAGGGAAUUGUGAGCGAGGCACAUGUCGAGCGCGCAAGGCUUGUCAUCCUGAGGGGGCAGAUCGAGCAUGCCUUGCGCCGAAAGGAAGAGGAGCCAACCGCAAAGGGCGUUGUGUUCUGUGACGAGCACAAAGAUCUCGCCAAGGAAUCCAUGGUACUGUUGAAGAACGACAAGGUCAACGGGGAGCCCCUUCUGCCCCUGAAGAACGUCUCGAAAAUCGUAGUCAUUGACGACUCCGCCGAGAUCGAGUCAUCUCGCGACACUGCGUCAAGCGCCGAUGUUGCCGUUGUCAUCGUCGGCUACGACUGGCGCCAAGAAGGCGAACACUGCGUUCCUGCAUUUAACGCCAACGCUGGUCUCAAGGAUGUCCUCCCGCCCCUCGACGGCACUGAAGUGGCCGAGUCCACGCACAGGCUUUUUGUGGGUGAAGUGGCUCCCGAGUCGCUCGUCGAGGGUGAAGACAACUACGGCCUAGGCGCUGGAGGCGACCGAUCCAGCCUGAGGCUUAAUGAAAGGGACGUGGAGAUGAUUCGUGAAGUCAAAAAAGCGAAUCCACGGACUGUCGUCGCCAUAGUCGCAGCCGGUGCCGUUAUCAUGUCGCACUGGGACCACCUGCCGCCAGCUAUUCUGUACAGCUGGUACUCUGGUUGCGAGGGAGGCCACGCGCUCGCCGACAUUCUCCUGGGUUGGGCCAACCCUUCCGGACAUCUCCCAUUCUGCAUCCCCCGAGAUGAAGGGUAUCUGCCUUUUUUCGACAAGGAUGCCAGAAAGAUCACAUAUGACCGCUGGUAUGGACAGCACCUCCUCGACCGCCAGGCCGUCAAUGCGGCUUAUCCCCUCGGUUUUGGAUUUUCGUACACGACAUUCACAGUCGCUGACCUUGAAGUGAACAAGAACCAAAACAAUACUGAGAGUCUGGAGACCAAAGUUGCGGUGAGGAACACGGGCCAGGUCGCGGGGCGACACAUCGCUCAGGUAUACGGCGCUGCCAAUGUACCUGACCGCCCUAGGCGCGUGCUCCUUGGCUUCAAGCCGAUCGAACUCGAGGCUGGGGCAGAAGCAGCUGUCGAGAUCACUGCGUCAACGCGACCUCUGCAAAAGUGGGAUAACAGUACUUGGUCGCCGUGGACGCGCCACGUUGAGAUUGAGGUCGGGAAUUACUCAGGCUCGGAGGCCAGCGUCAAGAAGAAAAUAUAG